GCUCCGAGGCAAGCGACGGAAGCAGCCGCUCUUGGUUUCCAGCAACACGACACCGGCUGUCGGGCGACCCGGAAGUGUUCCCAUUUUGCGUUGUCGGGGCUCGGUGGCAGCCGAGCUCGGGGUGGACACACCACUAUGGGGUCGUCAAAGAAGCAUCGUGGGGAGAAGGAGGCGGCCGGGACCACGGCAGCGGCCGGCACCGGGGGCGCCACCGAGCAGCCGCCUCGGCACCGGGAGCACAAAAAACACAAGCACCGGAGCAGCGGCGGCGGCAGCAGCGGCGGCGAACGACGGAAGCGAAGCCGAGAGCGUGGGAGCGAGCGUGGGAGCGGGCGGCGCGGGGCCGAAGCUGAGGCCCGGAGCGGCGCGCACGGGCGGGAGCGCAGCCUGACAGAGUCCUCCGAGCGGCGGGUGAAGCGGGAGAAGCGGGAGGACGGCUACGAGGCCGCUGCCAGCUCCAAAGCCAGCUCAGGUGAUGCCUCGUCACUCAGCAUCGAGGAGACCAAUAAACUCCGGGCAAAGUUGGGGCUGAAACCCUUGGAGGUCAAUGCCGUCAAGAAAGAGGCGGGCACCAAGGAGGAGCCCGUGACCGCCGAUGUCAUCAAUCCCAUGGCCUUGCGACAGCGAGAAGAGCUACGAGAGAAGCUGGCGGCUGCCAAAGAAAAGCGCCUCCUGAACCAAAAACUGGGGAAGAUAAAGGCCCUGGGGGAGGAUGACCCCUGGCUGGAUGACACUGCAGCUUGGAUCGAGAGGACCCGGCAGCUCCAGAAGGAGAAGGACUUGGCAGAGAGGAGGGCCAAGCUGCUGGAGGAGAUGGACCAAGAGUUUGGUGUCAGCACCCUGGUGGAGGAGGAGUUCGGGCAGAGGCGGCAGGACCUGUACAGUGCCCGGGACCUGCAGGGCCUCACCGUGGAGCAUGCCAUUGACUCCUUCCAAGAGGGGGAGACGCUCAUCCUCACCCUCAAGGACAAAGGAGUGCUGCAGGAGGAGGAGGAUGUGCUGGUGAACGUGAACCUGCUGGAUAAGGAGCGGGCAGAGAAAAACGUGGAGCUGCGCAAGAAGAAGCCUGACUACCUGCCAUACGCAGAGGACGAGAGUGUGGAUGACUUGGCACAGCAAAAACCCCGCUCUGUCCUGUCCAAGUACGAUGAGGAGCUCGAGGGCGAGCGGCUGCAGUCCUUCCGUCUGGAGCAGGGCGGCGUGGCCGAUGGCCUCCGGGAACGGGAGCUGGAAGAGAUCCGGGCCAAGCUGCGGCUGCAGGCUCAGUCCCUGAGCGCAGCCGGGCCCCGGCUCGCCUCCGAGUACCUCACGCCCGAGGAGAUGGUGACCUUUAAAAAGACCAAGCGGAGAGUGAAGAAGAUCCGCAAGAAGGAGAAGGAGGUGGUAAUACAGCCUGAUGACCUGCUGCCCCUUGGGGACCAGACUCAAGAUGAGGACUUCGGUUCCAGACUGCGGGGCCGGGGUCGGCGCCGAGUGCCUCAGGCAGACGAGGAGGCCCAGGAGGAGGGGGAGAAGGAGCCUGUGUCUCAGCUCUUGCAGUCAGAUGACACCCGCGUGGAGAACAUGGACAUCAGCGAUGAGGAGGAGGGCAGGGCACCGUGGUCGGGGUCACCCGAGGUGCUGGAGGAGGAUGAGGCGGAGCUGGAGCUGCAGAAGCAGCUGGAGAAGGGGCGCCGCCUGCGGCAGCUACAACAGCUGCGCGACAGCGGUGAGAAGGUGGUGGAGAUCGUCAGGAGGCUGGAGUGUCGCCAGCGGGGCUGGGAGGAGGAGGAGGAUCCGGAGCGGAAGGGGACCAUCGUGUUCAACGCCACGUCCGAGUUCUGCCGCACGCUGGGGGAGAUCCCCACCUACGGGCUGGCCGGCAACCGGGAGGAGCAGGAAGAGCUCAUGGACUUUGAACGGGACGAGGAGCGAUCGGCCAACGGCGGCUCUGAAUCCGACGGGGAGGAGAACAUUGGCUGGAGCACAGUCAACCUGGAUGAGGAGAAGCAGCAGCAAGAUUUCUCCGCCUCCUCCACCACCAUCCUGGACGAGGAGCCCAUCGUGAAUAGAGGGCUGGCAGCUGCCCUGCUCCUGUGUCAGAACAAAGGGCUGCUGGAGACAACGGUGCAGAAGGUGGCCCGGGUGAAGGCGCCCAACAAGUCCCUGCCGUCAGCUGUGUACUGCAUCGAGGACAAGAUGGCCAUCGAUGACAAGUACAGCCGGCGGGAGGAGUACCGAGGCUUCACCCAGGACUUCAAGGAGAAGGACGGCUACAAGCCUGACGUCAAGAUCGAGUACGUGGACGAGACGGGCCGGAAACUCACUCCCAAGGAGGCUUUCCGGCAGCUGUCCCACCGCUUCCACGGGAAGGGCUCGGGCAAGAUGAAGACGGAGCGGCGGAUGAAGAAGCUGGACGAGGAGGCGCUCCUGAAGAAGAUGAGCUCCAGCGACACGCCCCUGGGCACCGUGGCUUUGCUCCAGGAGAAGCAGAAGGCCCAGAAGACACCGUACAUCGUGCUCAGCGGCAGUGGCAAGAGCAUGAACGCGAACACCAUUACCAAGUGAAGCCGACCUCCCUUCUGAUCCCCUCCCGACUUUAAUGUUAAAUAAAGUUCCCUCCUUAUUUUUUCC